CCACCGCCCUUUAGAAAUUUCCUAUCCUAAAUUCGACUCUAACGCUCUUAAAUCUUAAACCCUAUUCGCCUCUUCCAUCAUCGAUAGAGCCUCUCCGACUUUCUCCAUCACAGUAUUGCCUCUAAUCCUUUCGAAUUCCACGGUGAAAGUGUGAUAGCAGAUCAAAUCUAAGGAGCAAACCAGAUCACUCGAUUCGCCCUUUUGGCAAAUUUGGGCCAGGUCUUUGCUAUUCCAGCAAAUUUAUCUUCUUGCGGCUUGCAGUAGGCAGCAGUGAAAGAGGAUCAAUCUCAGAGGAGUCACUCCAAUUUCAGGGAAAAUUGUGGAUAUGGAUCUAGAUGACUUCGAUGAUGCUCCGCCCAAGCCCCGACCUCGACAAUCGCGAUUUGUGCCAAAGAAUUCAAAACUCAAACCUCAACUAUCCAAAGUGAAGACAGAACCUGUUUCUUCUUCUUCUGAUUCUGUGUUUCCGGAAUCCAAUAUUGUUCCUAUAGCUAAAGAGGAAGACUUUGAUUCAAAUCCCAUACCGGUCACUAGUCACAUCUCUAAAUCCAAGAUUGAAGAAGAAUCUAGUACAUGCAAUGUCACACAAAUGGAUGUGGAUAUGAAACCUGUGAUUGAAAAUGAAGAGAAGGACGACGACGAGUCAAUGGCCAGUGAAGCGGAGGAGGAUGAAGUCAUUCGAGAGAUAGAUGUUUAUCUUACUCCCUCCAUUGAUCCUAACACUAAGCUAUAUGUCCUGCAGUAUCCCUUGAGGCCGAAAUGGCGACCAUAUGACUUAGAUGAAAAGUGUGAAGAGGUAAGAGUGAAGCCUGGAAGUUCAGAAGUUGAAAUUGAUCUCGCGGUUGACGUUGAUUCCAAAAAUUAUGACAGUGAUGCUGCUCCUGGAGUAAAGAUGACAAAGCAGACUCUUUCAACUUCGUGGAAACCAACUCCUUUCUCAACUGGAUAUGCCGUUGGGGUCUUGGUUGGCAACAAGUUGCACCUCAAUCCCAUUCAUGCAGUUGUGCAACUCCGACCAUCAAUGCAACAUCUUACGCCUAGUGAGCCUGGCAAGACAAACAUUCAAACUAGCAUUGCUGAGAAACACGUUAAAACAGGAGUUAAGGAAGAAAAGACUUUAGUUCCAUCAAAUAAGCAGACCAAACCUCUAGAAACAAUGCAAGAUAAGAAUACUGAAGAGGAUUGGGUGCGCCUCAAUUACUAUCCUAGAGAGAGUGACAUUUCAUCGAGAUACUUACAAAAAAUGGUGGAGGUUGAAGGUUCUUCGAUACAGUUUUCCAUGAGCCCGUAUGACUAUAUGAAAGCGUUGUGUCCAGGCGUGUCGUCUGUAAGUGAUGAAGUCAAAGGCCCCCCAAAAAGGUACAUGAGUUCGUUGCCAUUGGAAGAACGUGUGAAAUCUUGGCUUCGUGAGGGGCCACCUAUUCAUCGUUUCAAUGCGUUGAAGUACCUAGCUCCCGAACUCCCUGAAGAAGAAGCAGCAAAAGAAAUUUUGAGAAUAGUCCAAAAACAUGCACUAUUAAUUCAAGGACUUUGGAUUCCAAAAAGUCCUUUAGUUUUUGGAAAGAACAGCGGCGUAGAACUUCUGGCCAGGGACUAUAUUCUCUUUUUGUUUAGCCAGGCGCCUUUUAUAAAAAAGUCAUUAUUGAAGGACAACUCUGUGUUUGAGAAACAUAUGAAAGACAUUCUGAAUGUACUAGCUGUUGAGAGACCAACCGUCAAGGAUUGGAAGCUUAAAGAGAGUCCUGAUUAUGAGUUUCUUAAACGUUAUAAAGAGGUGGCAAAGGAGCAAGCUGCUAUUCAGGAAAGUAUCAGAGAAAAAUUGCUUAAUGCAGUUCGCACAGAAAAAAAUAAGCGUCGUGGAAGAAAUACUUUAUCUUUAGAGAAUACCACAACAAAGAACUCCCCAGCAACGGUAAAUUCUGAUAAGCAAGUACCAAGAACUGUGAGUUCCACUUUGCCAGCGACCUCGAUGUCGAAAGAAACUCGAGAAGCUUUACCAAAGGCCCUACUGAAACUUUUCAAGAUUCACAAUGUUUGCAGUUUUCAACAAAUCAUCCAACGGUUGAGAGAAAUGGCUGUUUCUGAGACUGUCCGUCCAAAGGGAGAUGCUAGAGAAUUACAAGCUGCGGCAUUGGGUGUUGAUGCUCCCCCAGAGGAGCUCCGGGCAAUUAUUAGUCAGGUUGCUGUUAACAUCCAUGAUGUAUAUGUUCUGAAGUCAUCACCAGAGAGUCCUCAAUACGAUCCAUUAAGGAAAGUAAUUAUUGAUCUUUUCAUUGCGGAUGGUCCCACCGCAAAGCUUAAAAAGGCUUCAAUUGUUGAGGCAGCUAAAUUGAGACUUAAAAGGGAUAUUCCAGAUGCUGAGUUAAAGAAGGUUCUAAGUGAGUUGUGUGUAUCACAACACUCGGCUUGGCUUCUAAAAGGCGUCGAUGGAAGUUCAAAAUAGAGUCAGUUUUGUGGAUGGCCCACAAUUUUGUUUUGCUCCAAAUUAUCUGAAGAUAAUGUGUGACCUUUAGGUACAUGGUUUAAUGGAUGCCAAUGCCAUGUAAAGUGCUUUAGCUGGGUUCGUUUUGGGGGAAUAAUUGGUUUAUGUUGGGGUUUUACUUGCUGUAUAUGUUCUUAAUAUGUUGGUCAGAACCUGAAACAUAAAUUGAAGUUGAUAGACUCCAACUCAACUCCAUAUAUUAUCAUCUAACAACUAAACACGUUAGAUUAAC